AUGGUGCUAACCACUCAAAAAUUGGUAUGGUCGACCUUUGUGAUUGUCCUCGCUUUCCCUAUUGAAGCUAGAAGGCUUUCAACAUAUGGAGAAAAGGUUUCUUCCAACUUAGUGCAAGUUGAAAAAUGGAAAAUACCUCUUUUUGAGAGGGUGAAAUUUGGACUGUUGGCAAAAGGUCAUGUUCCUCCAUCUGUGCCUAACGAGCCCCCUUCUCUGUUUGUUCCAUCAAAGUUUGAGAAUAUAGAUUUUGGAAUGAACAAUUUUGAGAUGCUGCCAAAAAAUGGUCAUGUUCCUCCAUUUGGACCUAGCAAGGGAACGUCUAACCCUCCUCCACCUCCUCUUGGUUUGCCCAAAAAUGGCCACUAUCCUCCAUCUAGGUCUAGCAAGGGAACGUUUGAUCCUUCUCCUCCUCCUCCUCAUGGUUUGCCCAAUAAUAGCCACUAUCCUCCAUUUGGGCCUAGCAAGGGAACCUCUGACCCUCCUCCACCUCCUCAUGGUUUGCCAAAAAAUGGCCACUACCCUCCAUCUGGGCCUAGUAAGGGAACGUCUGACCCUCCUCCUCCUCCUCUUCAUGGUUUGCCCAAUAAUGGCCAAUAUCCUCCAUUUAGGCCUAGCAAGGGAACAUCUAGCCCUCCUCCUCCUCUUCCUCAUGGUUUACCCAAAAAUGACCACUAUCCUCUAUCUAGGCCUAACAAGGGAACGUUUGAUCCUCCUCCUCCUCCUCAUGGUUUGCCCAAUAAUGGCCACUAUCCUCCAUCUGGGCCUAGCAAGGGAACCUCUGACCCUCCUCCACCUCCUCAUGGUUUGCCAAAAAAUGGCCACUACCCUCCAUUUGGGCCUAGCAAGGGUACGUUUGACGUCCCUCCUCCUCCUCAUGGUUUGCCCAAUAAUGGCCACUAUCCUCCAUCUGGGCCUAACAAGGGAAUGUCCGACCCUCCUCCUUCUCCUCCUCAUGCUUUGCCCAAUAAUGGCUACUAUCCUCUAUGUGGGCCUAUUAAGGGAACGCCUGACCCUCCUCCCCCUCCUCAUGGUUUUAUCCCAAUUAAGGACAAAGAAUGUUGGAUCUCUAAGAACUAA